AUGAUCGACUUCACAGCUCACCAAGUGGGGUUGUGAGACGGGAGGUGGAGUGCGGGGUGACUGCCGGCUUGGCAUGAGAGGUGAGGUUGUUCAUGGAUCCCAGUUCAUCUCAUCGGGCAGGUGCGAAUUGUGUUUGGGUAGUGGUAGUACGGUUAGUAUUCAAAAGACACCUACAAUCUAUCACCCGUCCCUCUUUCACACACAAACUGCAAACUCAACAAGACCAAUAACUCAGGAAUCACCUCCCGGACUACGAUCAAAAUGGCUCCCGUCGUCGACAUCCACACCCACAUGUACCCGCCGGAGUACAUCUCCAUCCUCUCAUCGCGGGACACCAUCCCCCUCGUCCGCACCUUCCCCUCUUCGCCAGACCCGCGCCUCAUCCUCCUCGAAUCCGAGAUCCCCUCCCUCGAGCGCGCCCUCGCCGACCCCUCCGCCCCGCUCCCCGGCCGGCCCCUCACCAAGCACUUCACCUCCCUCCCCGCCAAACUCGCCUUCAUGUCCCACCACAACAUCACCACCUCGGUCCUCUCCCUCGCCAACCCCUGGCUAGACUUUCUCCCCGCCGACACCGCGGGCGCCACCGCCGUCCAGAUCAACACCUCCUUCGAAACCAUGUGCAGCAGCACCAACACCAACACCACCACCACCACCACCCCCCAAACCAAAACCAAAACCCUCUUCUUCUUCGGCACCCUCCCCCUCACAGCCCCCACCCGCACCAUCCUCGCCUCCAUAACCCACCUCACCACCCUCCCCCACUGCCGUGGCAUCAUCCUAGGCACCUCCGGGCUCGGCGCCGGCCUCGACGACCCGUCCUUACUCCCCAUCUUCCACGUGCUCGCGGCCGCCUCCCUGCCCGUCUUCCUGCACCCGCACUACGGCCUGCCCAACUCCGUGUUUGGGGAGCGCGCCACCCAGCAGGGCCACGUGCUGCCGCUGGCGCUGGGGUUCCCGAUGGAGACGACGAUCGCGGUGGCGCGCAUGUUCCUGGCGGGCGUGUUUGACGCGGUGCGGGGGCUGCGGAUGGUGCUGGCGCACGCGGGGGGCACGUUGCCGUUUCUGGCGGGCAGGAUCGAGAGCUGUGUGGUGCAUGAUGCGGCGUUGGCUGCGGGGGAGGGUAAAAAGGGGGGGAGGAGGACGGUGUGGGAGGUGUUGAGGGAGCAGGUGUAUCUGGAUGCGGUGAUUUAUAGUGAGGUCGGGUUGAAGGCGGCGGUGGAGGCCGCGGGGGGCGCGGAUAGGUUGAUGUUUGGGACGGAUCAUCCUGUGAGGUUGAAUGUGGAGGCGGUGAAUAAGGCGCUGGGGGAGGGGAGUGAGGAGGCGGGGAUGGUCAUGGGUGGGAACGCGGUUAGGGUGUUGAGGUUGUAUGAGGAGUAGGGAGGUUCCAGUGGGAUCAGGCACCGUGGUUAGGUUCGGCUUACAGAAGCCACGGUGGUUGCUGAUGGGUUGUGUGGUAUCUCUAUUUAGCAGGCAGGCUUUGCUUUUACAAAAGUCCGUCGGAACUCGCCCAUCUACUCCAGCCUCAGCUUCUGCUUCCCCC